AUGGAUAUUUCCGAGUCUCAAGCGACCACCCUCUUGAAGGCGAUUGACCUCGCAACCGAAGAACGAGUCCGUGACGUCCUUCGUCUGCUGUGCAAAGUCUCCCCGGACGCUCAACGAAUAGCUGCUGAGGAAUUACUCGUCGACGCGAGUAAGAAGCGAGAAGCGGGGGACACCAAUUUGGAGGACAACUCUGAGGCGGAGACUGAUUUCCCUGAUAGUGGAUCUGAGGGUGCGGAGGACUCGGAGGUUGAGUACCUGGGGAGUACCACUACUACGCAAACGGAAGGCGCUCCAGGAAGCUCAAGUGGAGCUGUAUCGGCUGUUCCUGAGCCACCACGCCCAAAGAGAUUCGUUCCGAGAUACGCAUUCUGCGAGAACUGCAAGGAGGAAUUCGACGUCACGGAGAAUAGAAGUGACGCCUGUACGUACCAUCGUCUCGACUGCGAGCCGACGGGCGACGACCUGUGGGUGGACAAUGAAUUCGGCGCCGAGGAUACACCCGACCUGCGAAGACGAUACCCGCACUGCUACGAAUUCGAAUGCUGCGGAGAGACACUGGAGGAUAACCCGGAGGGCUGCGAGACAGGAUGGCAUGAGGAAGGCUCAUAUGAGCCACCGAUGAAGAUUAGCCGGACAUUUCAUUAUCAGCCGAGCUUUUGA